GCACAGCCUGCCCUACUUCUUAGGAUGUAUAGACAGACUGGACUACCCCAAGGACCGCAUCUUCAUCUGGUAAAAUACUUGUAUUUAUUGCAAUGAUCAUAUGAUUAAAAAAUGUGGUCUUAUUUCUGGUAAAAGUAAGGAAACUUGCACUUUACUUUUGGUAUAGUAGAUAAAUAGUAGAUAGCACUGUGUGUAGUCGAUGUGAUAGAAAAAAAAGAAAAAGGAAAUAGAAAAUACUAAAAAGAUAAGAAAAAAAAUUAAAUAUGGUAAAAGUAAAAUAAGAAAGAAAGAAAGAGGCGGUGCAGUGAUGGUGAUGGUGUUGGUGAUGGGGAUGGUGUUGUGUUGUGAUGUGUCUCUCUCAGGCUGGCCUGCGACCACAGUCUGGACCUCAGCAGGGCUCUGCUGCAGGCCUGGCUCUCAGAGGUGGAGUCUCUCUACCACUCUGUGCUGUGGAGACCAGAGACACCCAGGUGAUCAGCUGGAGCACCAACUACACUCAUCCACCUUCCUGAUACUGUUCCAGAUGAAUUCUCAUUAUUAUUAUUCUACCAGCUCUUACGCAGAUGAGCAGGGGCCCAAACACUGGUCCGAGUCCCGCUUCACCCACGUGAUGAAGCUAAGGCAGGAAGCCCUCAGAGCUGCCAGGAGACUCUGGGCUGACUACAUACUGUUUGUAGACAGUGACAACUUGCUGACAAACAGCCAGGUGUUGUCUGACCUGAUGGCAGAGAAUCUGACAAUUGUGGCCCCCAUGCUGGAAUCAAAAGGCCUUUAUUCCAACUUCUGGUGCGGCAUCACUCCUCAGGGCUACUACAGGAGGACCCCGGAGUACAUUCCCAUCCGUAGGUGGCAGCGGAAGGGCAGCUUUGCAGUUCCCAUGGUGCACUCCACCUUCCUGCUGGACCUGAGGCGCAGAGCCAGCGGAGCGUUGGCCUUUCACCCCCCCCACCCCCACUACCCCUACGAUGUGGAUGACAUCAUGACCUUUGCUUUCUCUUCACGGCAAGCAGGGGUUCAGAUGUAUGUGUGCAACAAGGACCACUAUGGAUAUCUACCAGUUCCCCUCCAACCAGAGCAGACGUUGGAGGAAGAGGAGGAGAGUUUCUCCCACACACUGACGGAGGCUCUCAUUUCCUUCACCAUGGAGCCUUCGUGGCACAUUCACACUUUGCUCAAAGAGCAAGGGAAGAUGGGAUUUGAUGAGAUCUUUCUGAUCAACCUGAAGCGCCGCUCAGACCGGAGAGACAGGAUGUUGACUUCUUUGUCUGUCCUCGGCAUCAACGCUACACUGACAGAGGCCGUGGACGGCAAAGCCUUGAACUCCUCUCAGCUGCAGGCCAUGGGUAUCGACAUGCUGCCCGGGUACAAAGACCCUUACUCAGAGCGUGUGCUGACCAGAGGGGAGAUCGGCUGCUUCCUCAGCCACCACAACAUCUGGAAACAGGUGCAGCAGCAGGAUCUGCAGCAGGUUCUGGUUCUGGAGGACGACGUGAGGUUUGAGCCCAGGUUCCACAGCAGGCUGGUGACGCUCAUGGAAAAUGUCCAGAGAGUGGGACUAGAAUGGGACCUAAUUUAUGUGGGCCGUAAGCGUCUGCAGGUGAAGGAGCCGGAGCGCAGGGUGGAGGGAGUGGGAGACCUGGUGCACCCCGACUACUCCUACUGGACCCUGGGAUACGUCCUGUCACUGAGCGGGGCCCGCAAGCUCCUGCAGGCGAGGCCCCUGAACAAAAUGCUGCCUGUGGAUGAGUUCCUGCCUAUCAUGUUCAACAAGCACCCCAAAGACGAGUACCUGCAGUAUUACGAGCCGAGGGACCUGAGAGCAUUCUCAGUGGAGCCCCUGCUGCUGUUCCCCACACACUACACCGGAGAACCGGGGUACUUCAGCGACACUGAGACCUCCAGCAUCUGGGACGAUGAGGCUGUGAGGACAGACUGGGACAGAGACGGAACCAAACGUGGGCGGGACACUCAGGACGGAGCAUUUCCUCCUGCGGCCCCCCACUCAGCUCGGGGGGCCGCGCCUCCUCUCUCUGCCAGUGGAAACAGAGAUGAACUCUGAGGGGGACUGAGGUCCAACACCCUGGUCAGUAUAUCAUCCUCAGAGGGGGCACCAGGUAGCAACCAGGCGCCUAUUAAGAUAUAUUCCUUCACCUUUUCUGUGCAAUGUGUAACAUUUCUGUAAAACAAAACAGAUUUUCUGUGUUCAUUUGAGAAAACGUAUUGAUAAAUAGAAAUAAUCAAGGUUUGAGUACAAAUAUCCUCUCUUAGACCCACGCUAAUCAUCUAAGCUGAUAUUAAGCUUCAGUGGUACAGAUAUUCCAACAAACUCCUAAUUAAAUGAGCACAAACCAGAUAAGCUGUAAGUUUGGAACCUUUAAAGGGAAUGUGUGCCCACAUGAGGGCCAAAAGGGGGUCCAGGCCUAAUAUAAUGGGGGCACUACCUCUUGGCUGCCCUAGAAUUGAUCUUAGCACUUCGGGAUUUGACUUCAAAUAUGAAGUGCGUUACAAAUGAAACCCAUUAUUAUUAUUAUCUUGAAAAUAUUUCUUGUUUCAAUGGGAUACGUUUGUAUGAUAUUUAAACAAAAAAAACAUUUUUGACUUAUAAUAGGCCUAAUAAUCGUCUAGAUUUGUGAAUUAACUAUAAAUAUGUGGUAAUAAAGACAAAGGUUACAUGAAGAAAAGAAAAUAGUUUAGUUUGCAUUGAUAACAAAAUGUUAUUAUUAUUUAGUUGUAACAUAGAAAGGAUCUUUAUAAACUUGAGAUAUUGUCAUGGUGGUAGGAAUACAGAAAUAUAAUAUAUGAACCUCAAUAAUAAGGCUAGCACUUUAAAAUAAUACAGCCAAUGUUGCCACUUAGACACCCACAGACAAAAACAGACAAGACAGCAGUCAACUUAAGGAUUUUUAUUCUUAAAAAAGCACUGGUAUUUUCAUGUCAAGCAAACAAUGGAACCAUUUAAUAUUAGUUUUGUUCCAUAUCACAAAAUGUGUUAUGAAAAGAAUAAUUAAACCACACAAAUGAUACAUUUUCUUUUUUUUGGAAUAAAUUAAUCAGCAUAACAAAAAAAAAAAAAAAAACAUGCUUGUACUUGCACAGGAAAUAUUGAAGGUCCAAUGCUCAAAAUUGAGGACACCUGAGAAUAUAAAUAUCAAAACAGCUUGUUGCAGCAUUUAUUUAGUUCCACAGUUCCCCCUUAACUAAAGCUUUGAUAAGAGGAUUAUUAAAAAAAUUACAUUUAUGUAAAAAUUAGGCAUCAAUUUAAAAAAACAUCCAUUUCUGUACAAUGUGCAUAUCUGAAUUAGUGUGGUGACGAGGAAUUUGUCGUUCUACGCAAAAAUUCAAUCCAAACGCUCAUCUGUCAUCAAGCCACAUUCAGCGAUAUGAACAUAUAGAUUUGGACCGCGCUCUUUUAAUUAAAUUCUGCAUUGAAGUCAA